CCAUUAGAGUAAAAACUGAAUUAACCCUAGUUAGAGUAGAGAACAAUAGAAAAGAUAAAAUGAUCUCUGUAUUGUUUGACAACAAAAAAAAUAUGCAAGCCGCACUGGAAGUAAAUGUAGAUACAGAUGCGCAAUUGCCCACCAUAUGCAUAGAGCACAAUCAAGAAGUAACUAAAGAACUUCUUAAUCAAUGGAGCAUAAUUAUUGGUGAAGACUCACUUCGUGUUAUAUCUACUGAUUGUAGUUAUGAUAAUCUCAUGACACGUGGUAAAUUUGUUGCAAGGAUAAUCAAUUUACCAUCUGGCAUCACAGCAAAAGAGAUUAUUCCUAACAUCAAAACGAUUG